AUGGCUACACACCAGACAACCCCCGGAGACGAAAUUUACGGUCCCGGUACCUUCAUCGACAAGGAAGUCCUCCCCGUCCCCGUUGAUGCUCGUCGUGUCUUCGAAUUUCUCGCUUUGAGCACCCCCAGUUUCACCAAAGACCCAAAUGCUUGGAGUGCAGUCAAUUUCAGCGGAGGCUCUACGCCUAUGAUUCCCGGACCAAUCAAGGCCCCCGUGAUUGCUGCCGCCCUUCACGCUAUGUGUGGCCUCGUUGCAAAUGAACUUCUCGAACUCCGAGAUGGGAAGGCCCUUCUGGAUAGUACGGUGGCAGUCGAUACCGAUCAUGCGGGUCUUUGGCUUGGGUCAACUUUUACAACCUACAUCAAUGGAUUGGAUGUCCCAGCUCUCGUAUGUACGAAGAAAUUAGCCUCUAUUUUCAACCGUGAUUUCGAACAAGGAUUCGGCCAAGGUCUUGCCGGACGAACCACAGCUCUUUACCAGACUAAGGAUCCAAACGUCUGGUAUCAGCUCCAUGGCUCUCUUAACGCCAACAAGACUCUUGAGGAGAUGGGAAUCCCUACGAACGUCGAAUUCGACACUAUGAAGGAGUAUUAUAAUCAUAUCCAAACAUAUGUCACGAACUGGAGUCCAGAUGAAAUUGAGAUGCACAAUAUCCGCCAUGGUCUUUGCGGAAGCAUUUGUUAUUCUCCAGCAGCAUGGAGAAAUACAGUUAUGGGACAGCGCCUAAACUCCUAUCCUCUGGUGAAUUACAACUGCCAACCAUAUACCGCCCCAACCCCUAAGGUACCUUUACCUAUCGCUACUACAGAUAGUAGACCUUUGGUAGGGAUCAAAGUUCUAGAGAUGGUGCGAAUUAUUGCAGGCCCAACCAUUGGUGUUACAUUGGCUUCAUAUGGAGCAGAUGUUAUUAAAGUGAACUGUAGUAGACUUGUGGAUCUAAAUGUGUUACAACUUACUCUUAAUGCUGGUCAGCGUACGAUAGAUCUUGAUAUUACCAGCACUGAGGAUAGAGCUCUACUUGAUAGACUUAUUGCGGAUGUUGAUAUUUUCGUUCAAGCUCGCCGCCAGAGAAAGAAGGGCAUCAUAUACGGGGACGAAAAUUGUUAUGGGCCCGAUGGCCCAUUUGCUGAACGCCCUGGUUGGCAACAGAUUGGAGAUGCUGCUUCGGGAACUUCAUAUGUGAUUGGCAAGUCUUUGGGAUACCCAGAAGGACACAGUGUUUUGCCCCAUCUUCCAGUGUCAGAUAUGACCACUGGUAUCGUCGGCGCACUUGAAGCUAUGAUGGCAGUUCGUGAUCGUGCCAUAAAUGGAGGCUCGUACCAUGUCAUUUUCUCUUUGGUUGCCGCUGAUACGAUUGCGCUCGAGAAGGAAAUUGGUUUAUAUCCGCCAGAGGUUGUUGCUCAGACUGUGAACAAAUUCGGCUUUGCGCCAUCGACCUCUGAUCAAUUUGUUUCUGAAAUCAUGCUUCAGGUUAUUGAUGGUUGGAAGCAAGACCUUCCCAGGUAUCUUGAUGAGAACUCACACCUGAUGACGGAUUAUCAACAUGGGCCGUGGGGGCAACAGAAAUUGUUGAAACCAGUUGUGAAGCUUGGUAAUGACGCAGCCACACCACGAUGGACAACUCCUUCCGUGCCUAACUGCCAUCAUGCGAAGAAUACUCAGUGGCUGUAG